AAAUAAUAAAAAAAUGAAAAAAUAAAAAAAAAAUUAAAAAUUUCAUAAGGCUAUAGCUAUACCUUUUUUGAGUAAUUUUGAAAAAAAAUAAACUUAAAGUCAAUGAACAGGUGCUGCGUAGGGAUCUGGUGCUCUAGGCACUUCUGGAGGAUCUGCCGUAGAGUAAAGAUUUGAUCGGUGGUCGAUGUGCCACCAACAAAUCCAACUUGAUAGCUUCCGACGAAAUCUGUGGCAAGGGUGCAGAAGAGUAUUCGGGACAGGAUCUUAUAAGCAGUAUUCAGGACUAGUUCCACAGCUUCCACUCGCCCGGUAGUUCUUCCUGGUCCCAUAUCCUUAAGAUCAUCCGAUGCAUAAUGGCGGCCUGCCUCUCCGGGCCCAUCUUGAACAGCUCGACCACCAGACCAUCGCUGUCAGCUGACUUGUUGCAGCUGUUUGAACCAUAAACCAUCAUAUCAUUUAGGAUUCAGUGAACUUUCGGGAAAAAAUAAUAAAUUAAGGUAGACGAAAGGUAUUACCACAAAAUUUUAUGUAUUAAAGGAGUAUUAUUGCAUACGGAUUACAAAAAACGCCCGAAUUUAUGUGAAACACCUAACAUUCGGUUUGCAUUCAACUUGUGUGCCAUCCGAUCCUCUACAGUUUGUCCGAAUUUUUUUUCCAUCAGCACAAUGUGCGACGGAUCGAAAGAGAGAAAAUCGUUGAAAUUCUCUCAGUUUAUAAAACUGGAGAGCGCCGGCUGAUCGUGUUCGGAGGAUCUAUCGUAGGAAAGAAUGAGAGUGGAAAGAAAAGUUAUAUAUUUUCUCGUUCUCGCAGCCGCACGCUUCGCGCGCAACAUAGCACUAUGGGAUGGACGAAUGUUCCACGAUCGCUGAUCGCCCGGUACACGGCAGUGGGAGAGUUAAUGCGCUUGUUAUUUCGAAUCGGACAGUGCACGGUCUAGUGGAGUGUAUGCUAGUCGAUCCCAAGCUGUCCCGCAACUCGUAACAGUUAAGCAGCUGUCCCAACAGUUGUUAUCUUAAUAGCUUAAUAGCUGGUAGUGUGUAACGUCCGAUUAAUACCGGUAGCGAAGGUAGCUGUAACCCUCCAUCUAGGUAGUGUACCGUAAUUGUGCGUUCGGACAAGAGUCCGGUCCUACAGUCCGGUAGGUUCCCGAAAAACCUGAAUUUCUGCUUUACCCUCUUCCGCCCGAGAGUGAGUGAGUGUUGACCGCUAAGUGCUUAUGUGUUAACACUAGUAUAUCCACAGUAAACCCAGGGAAGGCCUCGGCACGAAGGUGUAGUGUUGUGAAAUCCUUUCACUUCCUUAUUGCGGCGGUGGCGCUCGCAACCUACCUACCAUUACAUGGCCAAACCAGAGCGCUGGUGUGAUUAUUAGAAAAGUCCACCAGAUAAGGGUGUCAAUUUGGAGAUUCCAGCUCCAACAAUUUGGUGCGACUGUGUGUGUGUGUGCGUGUGUGUGUGUUUUUUCACGUUGCCGUACUAGUGAUUUACACCAAAAAACCCGAGCCUAGCCGACAUCUUACCUCUCAGCAUGAGGAAAUGGAAGCAUCCGGGUGCGGGCACGGAUGGUGGUCGAAAUAAUACCGCACAGCAACCAACCAUUGUACAGCACAGCAAACAACCGAACGUGGUGACCGGUGGCGCCACCUGGCGCAAUGCGGCCAUACUGCUAACCAUCGCCAUUACGAUCAACCUCACCUGUACCGGAGUCAGCAGUCAAGUUUGUGGUCCCCCGGCAGUACCAGCGAAUGCCAAGGUGCAUACAGAAAAGGCGAACGACGGUAGUGGAGGGCUGAAGUCAGCCCGCUAUGAUUGCGAUGCCGGCUACGAACUGUUCGGUCCGGACACAAUCCGCUGCGACCCAACGAAAGGAUGGGACCGUGAGCUGCCAUUCUGCGGCACGAAUGUAGCGUACCGCAAACCGGUGAACCAAUCGUCUGCGACCCGCUCCGGUCCGGCCGGGUUUGCCAACGAUGGCAAACCGGGCAACCAGAACCCGGAUGGCCAAGAGUGUUCCGAAACACAGAAGGAAGUAUCACCCUGGUGGAGGGUGGAUCUGCUCACCCCGGAAGCGGUUCGUGUCGUGCGCCUUACUACGCGUGGUUGCUGCGGGCAUCAACCGCUGCAGGAUCUGGAGAUACGCGUCGGCAACAGUAGUAGCGACCUACAGCGAAAUCCACUGUGCGCCUGGUAUCCGGGCACGGUGGACGAGGGUACGACCAAGUCGUUCACCUGCGCUCGGCCACUGAUCGGACAGUACGUGACGGUGCAGCUGGUCGGCGUCGAGAGCAGUCUCAGUCUGUGCGAGGUGGAGGUAUUCUCCAACGAUGAGUUCUCGUCGGACAGAUGCGCUGCGCCGAACUUAAGCGUCGAAACCGUGCUGACGACGUUCGCCAAGACGUGCUACGAGUUUCACAUUACGCGGGGCGAAAGCUUCGAGAAGGCGCGGGCUGUCUGCAAAUCGCACGGUGGCGAUCUGAUUCAUGACUUCCGCGGUGUUACCACCGACUACAUCAUCUCGGAGCUGGAACGUCGCAAAACCGACCUUCGGACGCAACUCGUGUGGAUCGGUGCACAAAAAGAACCAGGCAUUACGUCACGCACCUGGAAGUGGGUUAAUGGUGAUACAGUGCUGAAGCCAACUUGGGGCAAGGAUCAGCCAAACAACUAUAACGGAGAACAGAACUGUGUUGUGCUGGAUGGUGGCCGUAACUGGCUGUGGAAUGAUGUUGGCUGUAAUCUCGAUUAUCUCAACUACAUCUGCCAGCAUAAUCCCUUGUCGUGCGGCUCACCAGAAGCGCUGGUCAACACAACCAUCGUUGGUAGAAACUAUUCCGUCGGGGCAAACAUCACGUACCAGUGUCCUAUCGGACAUUCGUUAAUUGGGAUCGAAAAACGAACCUGCCAACAGAACGGCAUAUGGAGUGGUGUACCUCCGGCUUGUAAAUAUGUAGAUUGUGGUCCACUGCCAGAGAUCGAACAUGGAGGAAUAAUUCUCUCAGAACAGCGCACCAGUUUCGGUGUGCUAGCGUCGUACACCUGCCAUGAGAACUAUACUUUAAUUGGUAACGAAAACCGCACUUGCCAGGCGAACGGAUGGUCCGGCACACAGCCCAAAUGUCUGAUAGAUUGGUGUCCAGAACCGCCACCAAUACAGGGUGGCAAGAUAAAGGUGUCGGGACGGCGUGCCGGUUCCACUGCCUUGUACACCUGUGAUUAUGGUUUCGUGUUAAUCGGCGAACCAGUACUGUCGUGUGGACUCGGUGGUAACUGGACAGGAAAGAUACCUGUCUGCAGGUACGUCGACUGUGGUAUGCCGGCACGUCCCGAUCGUGGUAAUAUGCUGUUACUGAACGAUUCCACCACCGUUGGUUCCGUGGUGCGAUACUUCUGCGACGAUGACUAUUGGUUGGUUGGACCGCAGGAAUUAUACUGCACCAAGGAUGGCAAGUGGUCCGGCAGUGCACCAGCGUGCGAAUUGAUCACUUGUGAGACGCCACAUGUACCUCCUGGGUCAUAUGUGAUUGGAUACGACUAUAACAUUCAUUCUUCGAUCCAAUACCAUUGCGAUCCCGGACAUAUCCUUCGGGGUGAAGAUACGCUGACCUGUCUAGAGUCAGGUCAGUGGAGUGGCGAUGCGCCAGACUGUGAGUAUGUCGACUGUGGGCCAUUAACACCAAUUCCGUUCGGAUCUCACCGCUAUCUGCAAAACACAACGUUCCUUGGUUCGGAAGUUGUCUACUCCUGUGCUAACUCACACCGGCUAGCGGGUGUGAAUCGAAGAAUUUGCAUGAAUACUGGACUUUGGAGCGAGACGGCACCACGCUGUGAGGAGAUCCGGUGUACAGAGCCUACACUAACGCCGCACAGCUUCGUCAGCGUUACCGGAAACGAUCGGAUGUAUGGACGAACGCUUAUUCGCACCUCGGACGCAACUGUUAACGGUGCCCAGACGUUCCGGGUCGGAGCCCUGGCGAAGUAUCGCUGCGAGCGUGGAUAUAAGAUUGUUGGCGAGGCACUCAUCACAUGCGAGGAGAACGGACUGUGGAGUGGUGAGAUACCGGAGUGUGUUUAUGUCGACUGUGAAACGCCUCUCAAUAUUACCAACGGAAAGGUUACGUUGGCAACGAAUGCGACCUACUACGGGGCGGCUGCUUUGUAUGAGUGUGAGGGUAACUUUAAGCUGGACGGUGUUUCGAGACGUCUGUGUCUGGAAGACGGUACCUGGAGCCAUGAGACGCCCCAGUGCGUAGAGAUCACGUGCACGGAAAUGAACGUUACGGACGCACUGCUCGUAAACUACGGCAACCGAAAGGUUGGUGUGCAGGCGGAAUUUAGUUGCAGCAAGGGUCGAUAUAUGGUUGGGAACGGUACAAGAACGUGUCUCUCAACAGGACAUUGGUCGGGAAGGAAUCCUGUGUGCAAAUUAAUUGACUGUGGACGUCCAGCGGAUAUAGAAAAUGGACGCGUGAUCGUGGUGAACGAAUCGACGGUCUACGGUGGUUCAGCAGAGUAUCACUGUGUGCCACAUUACAAUCGGAUUGGUCCCUACUUGCGCAAGUGUAUGGAUGACGGCAAGUGGAGUGGUGAAGAACCAAGAUGCGAACUAAUUGUAAACGACGCACAGGAGACGAAUAGUCUUGGUACAGGCAUCGCCAUUGGUGCCGCCAUCAUUGUCAUUUUGCUCAUCCUAAUCGGCGUUCUGUUUUUGCAUCGCAAUAAAGCACGGCCGGUUAAGAAUACGGAGAACGUGCAGGCGGCCGAACACAAGGAGGACCAGAAUGCGGCCGUCAUGUCCUACUCGAGUUUAGAAAAUGGUCGACAUAAUUUCGAUCUCACCAACCGGGGCGGGCUAGUCACGUUUAAUACAUUCCACCAGUCCGGGGCGGGACAUCAUCCGCCGCCACCCAGUCAGCUGACGCACAGCAACCACAACAACAAUCAUCUUAGCAGUAGCAACAACAACACUAGCUCGCGCAGCGGCAGCGAGAACAUUUACGACCAAAUACCGAGCGAACAGUUUUACGACGCACCGUACGAGAUGCGUACAAACGAGGAGGUGUACGAACCGGAACCGACCAGCCGUGGUAACAUCAUCACCAUCAACGGCGUAAGUGUCCGGUGAGCGCGGCCGUAAAUCAACCGGUGGUGGCCUCUUCAGAGGCAUUAGGUCCUCUCAGUUCCUUGAGCGCGAGUAACGCAAUCCGGCCCUGCUGCAUCUGGAUUCGUGAGUCGGUUCUGGCCGAGCGGUAGCAAAGAAUGGAAGACGAGAAUGAAAGAAAGUGUGACUGCGAAUGAUUGUUUGGCUAAAAAAAAAAGAUGUAUGUGAAGGUGAGUGUGUGCGUAUUGCGGCAAAAGGCAAUGCAAUAACUUUAAAAAAUCACGUGAAAUGAACUUAACGUUACAUCGCAUAGUUAUUGAAAACGUCCAUACGAUUAUAACGCAACAAUUAAACUGGCGUUCGGAACGUUCUUGAAAGCUAAAAUAUUAAUGUGUUACAAAGCGCAAUACAAAGAUUAAAAAAAUGGAUUGAAAAUCGUAACAAUCCAGCGGAUAGGAUGUUAGAUAGAAAAAAAUAAUGAAAUGGAACAAUUUACGAAAAAAAAAACAAUAAGAAUACUAUUGCACAAACGCGACGAAAUUGAACGCGUUGUAGAAUAUCGUAGGUUGAACACAUAAGGGUAGGUGCAUAAGAAGGCGCACAAUGUACAUAGAAAUUUCCAUUUUCUUUACCUUCCCUUCCCCUUUCGAAUGUCUCACUAGGCGGAGCGCAAAUUAUUGAGUAAAUUAAAGAAAUGACUUUAUAACCAUAGGCAGAGCUAUUAGGCAGGAAGUCAAUCGAUGAGACUCGUAGUUUUUUCGUGUGAUUCAAUGAUACGCACGCAUAUCCUUACGUAUACUGCUUGCACCAAUAUUGAAUACUAUGUUUGUUUGAUACUUUUUUUUGUAAAUAAUGAGAAAAGCUUUUCAACACUAAAACAAACCAUAUCAAGUGUAUCAACAAAAAAAAAUGUUCUGAACCAAGGAAGAUGAAUAUGAUUAUGUUUUUAACUA